AUGACAACCGCACAGCUUCAUCUCAGGCACAUCACACGGCGCGCGCUGAUCCUCUUCGGCUCGCUGGCGGUGCUCGGGGCCUGCGCUCCCAAGCCGGAGCCGUUCCCCCCGCUCGCCUCGCCGUACGACGUCCCGAACCAGGUCGUGAUCGCCGUCGCGCCGCUCAUCAACGAGUCCGGCACGACGAUCUUCGACGAGCUGGAAUUCGCGGACAUCAUCGCCAACACGAUCCAGGGGAUCGACGGCGUCGGGUCCAUCCCGGUGAACCGGACGAUCGCCGCGAUGCGGUCGAUGAACCUCGGGUUCGUCCUCGAGCCCGACGACGCGAUCGUCCUCGCGAAGCGCCUCGGCGCCGACGGGAUCAUCGUCGGUUCGGUCACCGCGUGGAACCCCUACGACCCGCCGCAGAUCGGGCUGAGCGUCGCGCUCUUCCCGGCGAGCGACGCGCUGCACGGGUUCGUCCCGCGCCAGCUCGACCCCCGGGAACUCACCGCGGCGUCGACGGACUACGGCCUGCCCGACACGUGGGUGACGGGGCGGCCGGUCGUCGUGCUCAGCGAGUACUACGACGGGAACGACCCGGGCGUGCGUGCCUCGAUCGCGCGGUACGCCGCCGACCGGAACGAGCCGCCCCACGCGCUGGGCGCGAGGCGGUACCUGGCGAGCAUGAAGCUGUACGAGAAGUUCGUGUCGCACGAGCUGGUGAGCAAGAUGCUGGAUCUCGAAUCCGCACGGCUCACGAGUCUCGGGGCACGGGAAGAGAUCACGGAGCAACCCGAGACCCGCGACGGGGACGAUCCGCGCAUCGAGUGCGACGUCGUCCGCGGACGCGAGACGUGGCGAUUCGCCGGCCCGCGAUCCGAAGCGGGCGGCAUGAUCAGCGCCGCGUUCGACCUCGCCGACGCGGGCGAGAUCGACCGGUUCGACGUGUCGUGGCUCGCCGUCCUCAUCGAGCGCGCCCUCGCGGGCGGGACUGAAAUGAGCACCCUCCCCAUCGUCACCAUGUUCCUGGAUUACCUCACCGACGAGCGGCACUUCAGCCCCUACACGGCGCGCUGCUACGGCGCGGACCUGAGGCAGUACACCGAAUUCCUCACCGACGAGCUGGGCCAGCCCGUUCAGAUGAACAACGAGCAGGCCGUCCUCGACGCGCACACCGACCCGAGCCGCAGCGGCAUGCCGGGCCAGGACGUGCUCGGCAAAAUCGGGCCCAAGACGGUGACCGAGUCGAUGGUGAAGGCCGACGCGGAUUCCAUCCGCGGGUUCCUCGGCUUCCUCGCCGACCAGAACUACUCCCCCGCCACCACCGCGCGGAAGAUCGCGACGCUCCGCUCCUUCUACAAGUGGGCGUUGAAGCACAGCAUCAUCGAGUCCAACCCGAUGGUCGUGAUCCGCACGCCGCGUCAGGGCAAGCGCCUGCCCAAGGCGAUCACCGUCGAGCAGGUCGAGCGCCUGCUCAGCGCCCCGGACGACCGCGACACCCUCGGCGCCCGCGACCGCGCGAUGCUCGAGACGCUCUACUCGACCGGCAUCCGCGUGAGCGAGCUCGUCGACCUCGAUCUCGAAGACCUCGACGACAACUCCGAGGCCCUCCGCGUGCGUGGCAAGGGCAAGAAGGAGCGCCUCGUCCCGCUCGGGAGCCACGCGCUCAACGCCAUCCGCCACUACCGCGACGUGCUCUUCAACGACGCCCGCUACGCCCCGUGCUGGGGCGAGGACCGCAACGAGCGCCCCCUCUUCAUCAACAAGCACGGCGGCCGCCUGAGCUCGCGCUCCGUCCGCCGCAAGCUGGACAAGUACCUCCGCGAGGUCGGGCUCGACCCGUCCAUCAGCCCGCACACCCUGCGUCACUCCUUCGCGACGCACCUGCUCGACAACGGCGCGGACCUCCGCUCCGUCCAGGAGCUCCUGGGCCACCAGUCGCUCUCCACGACGCAGGCGUACACGCACCUCACCACCCAGCGGAUGCGGGCCGCGUACGACGACGCCCACCCCCGGGCCGAGGCCGGCUGA